AUGUUCCAUGGAUUGCCAAGUGAAGACCCCAUUGACCACCUUGAUGAGUUUGAUAGGCUUUGUGAUUUGACAAAGAUCAAUGGUGUCUCUGAAGAUGCCAUCAAGCUGAGACUCUUUCCUAUGUCUCUAGCUGACAAAGCUCACCAAUGGGAGAAGAGCUUGCCCCAUGGCACAAUCACCACUUGGGAUGAAUGCAAGAAGGCCUUUCUUGCUAAAUUUUUCUCCACCGGUCGCACAGCCAAGCUUAGAGGAGAGAUAUCCAGCUUCAUCCAGCGAACAAUGAGACAUUCGCAGAGGCUUGGGAGAGGUUCAAAGGCUACACAAGAUGUAGAUGAUGGCUGGCAACUUGUGGAGAACAUAGCUAACUCAAAUGGAAGCUAUGGAGAAGAGUAUGAUCGCACCAACCGGAGCUCGACCCACCACUCGAUCGAGUCAGACGAAAAGUUGAGAAAAGAUGUUAAGGCAUUGAAUGAGAAGUUGGAUAAGCUGAUCCUAGCUCAGUCCACAAUGAAGAAAGUCAACUUUGUGUCUGCUGAGGAGAUGGAACCAGUCCAAGAAGGGGAGGAUACACAAUUUGCUGAGGUAUGCUACAUGAGCAAUGGGCAAGGAGGUUACAACAAAGGAUACUAUAACUACAAGUCCAACCCUGCCAUGUCAUACCGCAACACUGAUGUUGCUAACCCUCAGGACCAAGUCUAUCCUCAACAACAAGCAGCUCGAUCGAGUCAAGGACACAACAAGGGCUUUCCCCACCAACCACCCCAGCCUGCACCUUCACAAGAGAAUGAGCUCAAGGCAAUGCUAAAGCAACUACUUCAAGGGCAAGCUGAUGGGGUAGUGGACACAAGCAAGAAGCUAGCUGAAAUAAACUCUAAGAUCGAGAACCUCAACACAAGGGUUUACUCUCUGGAGAAUCAUGCUUCUUCUGUUGCUGCUGCUACAAAGCAAGGACAACUACCUGGUAAAGCUAUUCAGAACCCCAAGGAACAGUGCAAGGUCAUCUUCACUCAAGAAGGACUUGUUGAAGAAGAGGAUCAAGAAAGGGUCAUUGAAGAUUUUUGUUUACUGCUGAAUGAUGAAGAGAUUGUUGCUGCUGAGGCUCCUGGAGUCCAGAUUGAUCAACCAGAAGUGCAUGCACCUACUGUGGCCAUUCACACUUCACCAGUUGAGCUCGCACGACAAGCUCGAUCGGCAGCUCGAUCGAGUCCAACUCUAGCUCGAUCGAGUCCGACCUCUUCUGUCCGACAGCCUGUUUUGCUUGAUCCUUAUCAACCAGUUGCCGCUUCCUCGUCUCGCCUACUUAGUCAAGGUCACAAGGAAGUGAUUCACAAGUUCAGAAGAGAUCUCAGUGGGAUUGGAAUUGAGUUGCCUCUAUGGAUAGCAUGA